AUGAAGGAAUAUAAUAAAGCACUAUUUAUGGAAAAACCAAAUAUCGAUCAGAUAAAUAAUAAUAUAGAGAAUAGCAAAUUAGUGUUAUGCAUAUGUAUCAAUGAGAAUGAAUCGAUAUCCUUAAUACCACCAUCUUAUUAUUAUGUACAUGUUCAUAGGUAUAUGUAUUUAUCUAAUAUAAUCCCCAAAUGUUUAGAAUAUUUUAAAUCGUUUAUUUUACCUUUUUAUGGUAAUACAUUUGAAGUAUAUUUUGAAUGCAUAGGGAAAAGUGGGAAAAAAAAAAAAAAAAAAAAAAAUAGUAACGAUAAUAGUAACGAUAAUAUAUUUAAUGAUGAUUCAAAUAUAGACAAAAGUGAUGAUAUAAGUGAAGACAAAAUAAUACUUGAUUGGAGAUUACCUAUAGGAGUACUUUUUGAUAUAUAUUGUGAUAUUGACGAUGAAGACGAUUAUUUUAUUAACAGUCAGGUAAAAACAAAUAAAAAUUGUAAAUUUUGUUCAAAUGAUGAAUUAUUUUAUGAACAUGUAAAUAUUUUAAAAAUACAAACAGAUCAAAUAAAUGAUAUUAAUAAUUUUAAAGAAGAUAAAUCAAAUGGUGUAAAUGUGACAGAAAGUUCUUUAAAUAAAAAUUUAGGAGAAUUUUCUACAAACAUUAAUUUAAAAGAUGAUGAAAAUAAUGAUAAUACCACAAUAAAUAUUUUUAAUAAUAACCAAAAUGAUAUGAACAACAUUAACGAAGAAGCUAGCCAUAAUUCAUUCAUAAAAAAAAAAAAUAUAAUAAAUAAAAAAGAACAAGAUAUUAUCGAUUAUAAGUCUGAUAAAAAAUUAGACAAAUAUAAAGAAAACCAUUCUGAAGAUGAAAAUUUAAAAGGAUAUUCUCAUGAAUUAUUUAAACCUUUAUUAGAAUUUGAUAAAGAAACGAAUAUUAAUAUAAAAGAAUGUGUAAAUUUCCAAAAUGAUAAUUAUAAAUAUUAUAAUUUAAUUGGAAGAAAGGAAAUAAAUAAUGAUUGGUAUGAAAAAAAAUUUAAACAAAUAUCAUAUAAAAAUAUACCAUGGAAAUUGAUAUUAAAUUUUAAAGGAAAAGAAGAAUAUUAUGCACACAUGAAAAACCAAAAAAUUUUUAAUAAUCUAAACAAUGGUAAGUAUAACAGUUACAUACCUUUAUAUAGAGGAGUUAAAGAUUUUGAAGAUUAUAUAAUAAAUGAAUUAAAAAAAUCAAAUUAUAUUUUAAAUAAAAAUAAUAGACUAUUACACACAUUGCCAAAAAAAACAGAAGAACAACUUUUACAAAAUCUAACUAAUUUUAACAUAAAAAAUAUAUGUUCUUUAUAUAGAGAAUGUAUUGAUUAUAAUAUGAUAAUUUUUUUAGAGAAUUUUUAUUCAGAUUAUGUUAAACCAUGGGAAAUGGAAAGUUCAGAAAAAAGUAAAAUUUCUGAUAAGUUGGAUAACCAAGGAAAAGAAAAAGAAGUGAAUAAUAUUUGUAAUAUUGAAAAAAUAAUUAAAGAAGCUCCAAUUAUUAUACACAUUUAUGGUCCACCAUAUAAUAAAAUACAAACAAAAUUCCCAUUAUUUAAAAUUAAAUAUUCUAUAUAUAAUGAAAAUAAUAUUGAAGAUAUUGUAGCGUAUACUUUAGGUGAUUUAUUGCAUGUGAAUUUCCCAACUUUUUUUAGAAAAAUUCAAAAAAAUGAUGACAAUGAGAAUAAUCUAAAUUUAAAAAAAGAAUUUUCUGAAAAUAACGAAAUAAAUUCAGAUGAUAAAGAACAUAUAGACAAUAUCCCUUUAAAAAAGAAUAAUAUUUUUUAUCAUAUUGAAGAUGAAUAUAUAAUUUUUUUUCCUUACAUGUUCAUAAUAAUUAAUGGAAUACAAAUUCCAUUAAGAUCGCCUUUAUAUUGGCUUUUUUCAAAUUUUUCUCAUUUCGAUAAUUUUCUUCAUAUUAUCCUACGCAUCCCUUCGUAUUAA